GAUGAGUAUAAAUACGAAAGCCAGCCGCUGAAAGAGGACCCUAGGGUUUGAGGAUCACUUGGUUCUUCUACUGUUUUGGGUGCAGGAGGAUAUCUGUAGAGGUGAAAUACCUGCUGCUUCUUUCAGAUCUAUACUUGAAUUUUGUGGAACGAUGAAGUUAAGGAGCGACUAUGUUUACGAAUAUCGUCCCACUGUAGAAGAAGAAGAAGAAAAAGAAUUGGUUGCAAUGGCUGUUGAUGCCGCUUAUGGUGUUUGGGAGUCAGUUAAACGCCCUGCAUCUUCAUAUGAUGUUGCUGCUGUUACCCCCGGUCUCAAUGUCAAUAAAGAAAAAUCUCUUGAACAAGAAACAGAAGAUGAUGCCCGCUCUACUACGAGUACCAUAGAAUCAGAUCACACGGAAGAAGAAUAUCCAAGUGAAAACGAAGACUUUGAGGACUUUUACGACGAAGAUGAGAAAAUGGAAGAGAGCAAACAAGUAGUUACUCUACCACCAAUGAAGAAAGAGAUCGAUGAAGAAGUAGAAUCAAUUGUUGAGGACUCGGAUAGUGACGACUGGGAUAGUGACGACUCGGGGUGUGGGGUCGACAGGGUACUGCCAGACAAGAAUGAUUGGGUUGCUUCAUGGAACACAGAAGAUCCCCGAAAGCAUAAAACUUGGAUUGAUGUGUAUGCUUAUUUCAGAAAGGAACAAGGCGAUGGAGGAUAUGGUGUUAUUCUACGCAGUAUGGGCGGGAAGCCAAUCGUUGCAUCAGCCAAGCACUCAGGAGAAGGAAAAUCUUUUUUUUAUCAAGUAUUGUUGGGAAUAAAGGCUGGUCUGGUACUUGCUGACACAAAUGGGAUUUCUGAUCGAUCUGUCCGGUGCAAUUCGAUUAAAGUUCCAGAUCUCGUUUUGAAUGCACGUCGCUGCCGUGAUGAUAAUUGCAAAGAGGCAAAUAAAGUUGAAAAGAUUUGCAAGUGGUGUCUGAGUUAUCUUGACUUGUAUGUGGGUUCCAAUAUGGAGGUGUUGCCUCUUGUCCAGGAUCUUAAACGCCAAAAAAUCCUACCUAUUGCAGAAUCUCCAAGGGUUUGUAAUGAAGCUGCGCAUUAUCUGGCAAAAAUGGCAAAGAAUAAGAGACUUGUGGGUGAGAUUAAACCAGAUGCUUUUCCACAAAAUCUAAAAGAUAUUCUUUGGGAAGAUGUUAGUCGUUCCUUUAGCUACUGGUGCUAAAGAAGAUACGAGAAUGUUUAUUUAUGUAGAUGAAGACCUACUGGUGCUGUAUUUUAUCAACUCUUAUAUUUUCUUGGGAUUUUAUGAUUAAUUUUCAAGUUAUUAUGAAUUUUGGCUUUGUGACUA